CACAUCAGUACCCUCUCCCCCGCGGACCAAACGGAACGCUUUAUCAUGGACGCGAUUUAAUUAGCUUUAUUUGAUUUAAUAUCAGUCUAAGCAUCAGUACUGGAAUGCGACUGAUAAACCGGAACCGUGUGCAGUAACCAUGAUCGCAUCAGCAGGUCCCUCACGUUCAGUCAUGUUUCUUCUGCACCCGCUGCUGCAGAUAUCUGUGCUGCUGGAUCCGACACUGUGGCUGCCCGUCUCUGCUAGCCCUACCGACGACAACGUACUGCGAGCUGGACACGGAGAUCACGGAGAGCCGGGGCACGAGGAAACCCAUAAAGAUUCGUACAGCACGUUCGCCUCAGAAUUCCUCGAGUCUAGAUAUCUCUCAGAUGAAGGUUACCCAUUCCCAACUGCACCCCCCGUGGACCCAUUUGCUCGCAUCAAAGUUAGCGACUGUGGAAUAACCAAAGGAUGCAUCAGAUACGGAAAACCAGGCUGUGAUGCAGAAACCUGCGACUAUUUCCUGAGUUACCGGCGCAUUGGGACAGACGUGGAAUUUGAAAUGAGUGCGGACACUGAUGGCUGGGUUGCUGUUGGUUUCUCCUCUGACAAAAAAAUGGGUGGUGAUGAUGUCAUGGGUUGUGUUCAUGAUGAUAAUGGACGUGUACGGAUCCAUCAUUUCUAUAACGUGGGCCAGUGGGCCAAAGAGAUCAAACGCAACCCAGCACGGGACGAGGAGGGCGUCUUUGAAAACAACCGCGUCACGUGUCGCUUCAAACGUCCUCUUCAUGUUGCGCGAGAGGAAACGCUGGUUGACCUGCAUCUUAGUUGGUACUAUCUGUUUGCCUGGGGACCUGCCAUACAAGGUUCCAUCACAAGGCAUGACAUUGACUCACCACCGGUAUCCGAUCGCAUGAUUAGCAUCUAUAAAUACGAGGACAUUUUCAUGCCUGCCACAGCCUAUCAGACAUUCUCCUCCCCAUUUUGCCUCCUCCUCAUCGUUGCUCUUACCUUCUAUCUGCUGAUGGGCACACCAUAACCACCACAACCAGUAAUGUCAUCGAGAAAAUGAUCACAAUUGUGGAGCCACUAAUAGCACAACGGAGUGCCAACUUUAGCAGUAUUAGAAACAGGCAGCAAUGAACAGGAAGACUAUGAGCAUUGAGAUUAUAGAACAUUGUUAUGUACGCUACGAUCGAUUUUGGGCUAUGGAUUGAUAUUUAGUCAUUUACGGUAAUGUUAUAUAUGUUGAUUCUUAUUCAUAAGAGAGCAAGAGUCAGCAGUAUGCUUCAAUACAUUUAGUUUUUUUAAGAAUUGAGAAAUCCCUGAAUGGUAUGUUAUGCCAUGGUAGACUCUGCUGCUUACGGUAUUAAAACAAUCUGAGCCAAACCAUAGUUAAUAUUCAGUAUGCCUACAAUGGCACACAUCAUGACACACUAUACCCCACUACAGAGAGAUGACCCGCUAUUUAAAGUCGAUAUAUUAGAAAUACGUUACUUAAUCUCAGUAGAAGUGCUCUGCUGUUUGUCUGUUGUAGCCUGUUUUCCAGUAUUACUCAUAGUAUAUAAUUGUUCUCAUUACUGUAACGUUAAGGCUGUGAAUUUCUGAACAUUUUACUGAUUAUUAAUGCCUGUGACUCUUGAGAUUGCUACAGUACAUAACCAACCUGCAGCUCAACAGCACAAACACGCACAUAGUUUUACAUAAAACACCACGGCCUUCCAUUUAGAGUGUAUUUAUCCCAGCAUUGCCAGCUCAGUAUUCAAUGAUGCAUGCCAGCAGACCAGCCUCAUAUGAGCCAAGACGGUUUAGACCAGUGUUUCCUUCCACUUGAAGAAAAUCUGAAAAAAUGCACCUGAUCUGCGUACCAAGGAAUGAAAGACUUUCUUUAACAAUGACUUCAUAUCAUUGCAAAACUCCAACGUUAAAAGGGUUUCAUGUUAACACCAUUUUGUUUCUUAUAUAAUCCUUCAGCACUCUGAAAUGCAUACAGUAGUUUUAUAGACAUGAGAAAGCAAUUCCUUUUGAUGUAUGCAAGCCAGAGAUAAUCAUGUAAUGUAACAUUUUUUGUGAAUGCAGACAUUGUAACCACAAGAAAAAUGUUUGUAAAGCCGUUAAUGAUAUAUUUUUAUUAUUAUGGAAGUAUUAGAGGUUAUGCAUUAAUGAGGGUGCAUAGUGAAAAUGAGCCAUGUAUAUUUGAAAAAAUGAAAUAAGCUAUUCCGACAUUAACAGCUUAUAAACAUUCUGAGUAUGUGAAAUCUUAACCAAAUUGGAAGCAAAGAUGCCUGUGUUGUAUGAUCCUAAAUGGUGGCCCUGAACACCCUUGAAAACCCUGGAAAUUAACCAUGGUUUUAUUAGAGUAAAAGUGUAGAAAAUACAUGGUUUUAUAAGUAAAAGUGGCUAACAGUUAGUGAGACCAUGGUUAAUUUUCACACUGUGGUUUGUAUUAAUGCUGAAUAAAACAAGAAUACAAUCUCACUGGGAAUGUUUUUUCGGAAUAAAAAAGGUCUUUGUUGUCACACUUAGCAA